GCUGAUUGUUGGUCAUCGUGGCGGUUGAGCUCCACCGGGCCACUCCUGAGUAUUCCGCUCCGUUUAGUGAGUGGGUGGCGGAGUGAGUGAUUUUGAGAAUCAAGUUCUUUUAGACUUCUACAUAAGUUGGCCUGGAUAUCUCUCAAGACUCUCUUUUCAUUCCACCACCACCACCUUCUUCCUUUUCAUUUUUGUCCUCUUUUCUUCUCUUCUCUUUCCUUCUCUUCUCUCCUCUUUACUUCUCUUCUCCUCUCGACUUCGGUUCUCUUUACCUUUCUUCCCUUCAACCACAAGUUUUCAUACCAUUCUCACCAUGCAGUUCAGGAGCAUCGCCCUUGUUGCGACCGUCGCACUCUCGACCUUCGCCGAGGCCAGUCCUCCAAGAAAGCACCUCGAACUGCGAGAGCUUCAGACCCGAGAGCCAAAGGAUGGCAGAAAGACAGCCAUUGCUGGUGCCCUCGGCGCCCUCGUUGGACUUGUUGGUAUGCCUUUGACAUUUAUGUUCCACACUGCGAACCACAACCCUGGCGCUAAGGCUGUCGCUCCUGAACCUCCCAAAGCCGCCGACCCCGCCGCCUCAACUGCAUGUUUAAACCCAAAGGUCGCUCCUGUCGCAGUUACUACCAGAGAUCUUGAGACCGUAGCUGCACCCCCAGCAAUCGGAGGUACAACCGCCAAAUUAUAUGGUGUCGGUGCAGGGCUUGGACUAUUGGGAGCUGCUGUUGGCUCUGCCCUGCCAUUCGUCUUCACCAGACCUGGCCCAAAACCUGUCCCCGCUCCCGCUCCCGCUCCAGCUGAAGUCAACGGAACCACCGACUGUUCUCCGAAGCCAAAGGCGCCUUCUGCUCCUCUCGUCGCCAGAGCCUUGAACAAGGAAAAGCUCGGAGCUGGUGCCGCAGGAGUUGGACUGAUCACAGCUAUUGCCAGCUCCAUCUUUCCUUUCAUCUUCACCAGACCUGGUCCUAAGCCCAAGUCCAUUGAGUCUCUGGACAACUCGAACUCUUCUCUUGCCACCGACGAGGCCACCUUCACGCUCUCCGCCUUCCGCAACAAUGUCUCCAUCGCCGAGACCGUUUCUUUCCCACACACCCUAAACCUUGGAGUCCCCGCCACUCUCGCUCUCGACUGUGGAAACAUCGCCGUGACUCUUCGCCAGUUCGAGGCUUUCACUUGUGACUUCAAACUGGUAAGCUCCCCUCCCAUUCCGUGUUUCCAAACUCUGACUAACCAAUCUCCCAACAGCCAUCCAACAUGCCAAACGCAACCCUCACCGGCGAGAACCCAGGUCAAUCUCUCUCAUUCGAGGUUGCUGGAGACUGUGUCGGUGUGGAGUUCAAGGUUACCAACGAUUGUGCUGAUUGCCCUACACCACUAAACGUCGACUGUCAAGGAAACGUCGAUGGAACCGACAACGAAGUAGCGCUUUGCGCCACUGGUUCGACUCUUGCGAAAUGCUAAAAAUUUGGAUAACAUAUUUCUUUCCGGCCGCGAUUCUUGAUGGAUAAAUACUGCGAUACAGAGGGCGUUUUUGGACAAUUUUCUGUUGGUGAUACCCGCUGGACUCUCUCUGGAGAGGAAUUCAGGCUUGGAACAGGCUUCUUGUUUUUCCACUUUUCUUUGGUGUUUUGUUUGUUUAGUGGUGGGGGUGAUUGAAUCAUCGUUCUUCUCGAAGAAGAAAUCUUUCUUCGUGAAGAGGAUUGGGUGUGCGAAUGUUGGCUCUGUGGGCUUCACUCGGGCUUCACUCAUUGUAUAUAUGACUCAUAUUUGAGAUGCGCGGAUCGGAUAGAUGGGUACGGGAUA